GCCGCCGCCCGCCGCCCCCCGACGCGCCUCCCUGCCGCGCCCCGACGCGCCUCCCUGCCGCGGCGCCCGCAGCCGCGCCGGCCGCCGCGCCCCCCGACGCCGCCGAGCUCCCGACCUCGUGCCCACACCCCCCCCGUCCUCGUGCCCACACCCCCCCCGUCCUCGUGCCGCGCCCGCCCCUCGCCCACUCCUCCGAUCCGGAUCUAGCGCAAGGUCGGGCUCGGCCUCGGCCCAGGCUCCCGCCGCGGCGUCGCUCGGGUCGGAGGUGGCGGUGGGCGACGGGCUCUUCGCGGACUACAAGCCCACGACCGCUUUCAUCUUCCCCGGCCAGGUUGCUAUCGAUUCUCACCGAUGCUCUCCGCGGUGAGGCCGCCGUCGCUCCUCCAGCUCCGGCCCGUGCGACGUCGGAGGAAGCCCAUCCUCCCCGGCCUCCUCGCCGUCGAACGGCGGGCACGGCUGCCGCGCCGCGGAAGCUGAGCACGCGCGCGAGCGCGCGGGAGCCGCAGCUAGGCCCAGGCGCCGCGCCGCUGUUCCCAGGGACCUUGGAAGCAUAGAACAUGGUUCUGCUUUUCUGCCACUAAUGUUCGCGGUCCUCCUCGGCUCCUCGCCGGUCUUCGUUGCCGUCCCUGAUCCGUUCUCGCUGUCCUGCUCCGGACUCACAGCCCUUGUUUUGCUCGUCGUAGAAUCUCUGGUGAUGGCGGGAGCUACGCCCAAGACCUCAUGGUUCUCACUGGACUGGCCAGUGUAUGAGAUUCGUGAGACGUUUUUCUCCUAUCUCGGGGAAAAUCAGUACGCCAAGUUGUCAUCGACUCCGGUGAUACCCAUCGAUGAUCCCAAGGUGCCCCUCAUACGUACAUGCCUGAACCGGUUCAAGGGGGCCCUUAAUGGCACAGGGAGUCAUCGAACCUGCUUUUCUUUGAGAUGCAUUGUUACCAGUUCUGAUGAUGUGAUUGAACACUUCAGAAGCGACGCAACUUACCAUCGAUUUACAGAAAUCCUCGGGAGUUGGUCUUCUGGGGACUACUUCAAGGAGGAAGCCAUUGGCUUGUUACACAGUCUUCUUAGCAAGAAAUAUGGAUUACCAGAAUCUAGAAUACAUGCCACAUAUUUCAGUGGUGAUACAUCUUCUGGUUUGAGUCCAGACAAUGAAUCAAAAACUGCAUUGCAGAAAUGCAUUGGGGAAGAAAGAAUCUUACCUUCUAUGUCGAAGGAAGAUUUUUGGAUGAGCGGUGAAACUGGUCCCUGUGGGCCAUCUGUUGGAAUUUUCGUUGAUGGUUCAAACAGCCAAGAUGGUGUUAAUGGCAAAUUUAUUGAGAUAUCCAGGACAGUAUUUGUUGAGUUCAAUAGGCAAGCAGAUGGCGUAUUGAGUCCUUUGCAAGCCAAACAUAUCAUAACAGGGAUUAAUCUUCAAUGUUUGGCUGCCAUCCUUCAAAAGAAAGAAAGCCUCUAUGAAUUAGAUGACUAUGAUAACAUAAUUGAUUGCAUCUCUUGUCGUGCUGGUGAAGAAUUUGAUAGCUAUUCGGGUAAAGUUGGUGAAGCUGAUACUGAUGGAGUUGAUAGAGCUUACCGCCUCCUUGCAGAUCAUAUGAGAAUGAUUUCUGUUACUAAUGCUUCUGGUUCUCAGCUUGGGCCUGGACAUAAAGGUCUUGAGUAUUUCCUUAAGUGUGCCGACAAACUGGCUGUGCAAUACGGCCACAAAGUACUUGAGAUACUUGAGCAAGAUCGCUAUGCUGUGUUAAAUACUCACAGUGGGUAUAUAGAAAGAAUACAUGUCAUCUAUUAUUGCUACCUGGUACAGAAAAAAGGAUCAAAUAGAAGAAGAUGAAGUGAUGAUUUACCAAAAAACUAUAAGGAAGUUGCAGGAUCAGAAUUUGCCAUUUGAUAUGGUAAAGAAGAAAAGGAAGUUCUGUUGUGUGGUAUGCAACAAGAAUUAUUGAAUUUCUUGGUCGGCGCACACCUAUUGUCCUCAAGAAUAAGAAUACACGCUGCUCUCUAGUAGCACUAU